GGCGACGUCGACGUUGUUGAGCAGCUCGUGAACCGCAGCUGGAAAAAGAACAACGAGCCGCAGGAGCGUGACGCGAAAGGAAGGAAGAUGCCGCUGCUCGUGACGGACUACGCGUGGACUCAGACGGACUCCACGGUCUACUUGAGCGUUCCGCUGAAGGGAGCGACGAGUCGUCAAGUGGACAUCCGGUCUACGGACCACUACCUAAAGGUUCAUUACCCACCGUACCUGUUUGAAGCCUUCCUCUUCGAACCUGUUGAUGACGACAGAAGCACGGCAAAGAUCGGAGACGGAGUUGCGGUUUUCAGUUUGCCGAAGAGGACCAAUAAAGCGUGGGAACAUCUGAUGAUAACAACGAGUGAUAAGGAAAAAAGAGAGAUCAGAGAAAGGGCUCUGUUGAAACACCAGGAGAAGCUCUCUGCCAAGUCCACAUCCAAGGCGAUGAAAAAGCAUGCGGAUAAAAAAUAUGCACUGGAGAAAAUGAUGAAGCUUGAAGAAGAGAAAAGAGAAAGUAUCCAGAAAACCAAGGACGAAGAGCGAGAGAGAACCACAGCGGAGCUGGCAGCAUGGCAACUGAGACCGAAAGAAAAAGCAGAGGAAGAAGACCCACUGAAGAUGCGCGGUCAGAGAGACGGGCAAAACGGGCAGAAAGAGAAGCAGGAAAACCGAUGUUCAGAUGGAGCACGUGUCCAGCUGGAUCAAAGAGGCGACGGUGAAGCGAAAAGCGGGAGAAAACGAGAGGCCCCGCCUCCUCCGAGGCCCGUCGGAAACAUUCGAGUCACGUUUACCCCGCGGCUUUUUCCAACAGCCCUCAGGGAAUCACAAGUGCCCGACGAGGAAGAGUGGCUCAAAAAACAAGCAGAAAGCAGGCGUUCAGUAAAUGCAGAUGUGGAAGAGCUGGAGGACCUGAAGGAGGAGGAGAGGAACCCUGACUGGUUGAAGGACAAAGGGGACAAAUGUUUUGUGACUGGCGACCACCAGGGGGCAGUGAACGCGUACAGCCUGGCGAUCAGGCUCAACAGAAAGAUCCCGGCGCUGUAUUCAAACAGGGCUGCCUGCCAUCUGAAGUUAAGAAACCUCCACAAGGCCAUUGAGGAUUCCUCUCAGGCUCUGGAUCUAUUGACUCCACCAGUUGCUGCCAAUGCAGCUGCCAGGGCCAGAGCCCAUGUCCGCCGAGGGUCUGCUUUCUGCCAGCUCCAGCUCUAUGCAGAAGGGCUUCAGGACUACCAAGCUGCUCUGAAGACGGACCCUCACAACGAAGCGCUGCAGGCCGACACGCAGAGAGUCCGAGACACAAUGCAGGGCAGUGCAGCGGCCCCCUGGACCCAGUGAGAGGCAGCCCACUGGGCGUCGCGUGUGGCUGUGUUGUGGGUGUUGUGUGUCUGUUCCCUCAACGGUUUAAUAAAUGACAACAAAGAACCCAAGGUGCCGCAUAUCUGUCCCCCUGCUGUAUCCAGUGAGCGACAGGCUUCGAGUUGGAAACAUCGGAGUGCGACGGACCUGUGCUUUACAGAUGAAGGGAUGCAGAGGGAGUGUGAGCGCCCUCGAGUGGUCCAAUGUUGCAUCUCCCAAAGUAAAAUGUUUGUCACCAUGUAAAUAUCGUAUCAUAUUGUUCUUUUAGAUGUCAUUACCUUCGCAUUGAAAAUGCGGAAGGUUAUGUUUUGAUCGCCGUGUAUUUAUUUAUUUAUUUGUUUGCGUGUUACUCGCAUAACUCAAAAAGUAUUAAACCGAAUCGCAUGAAAUUUGGUGGGAUGAUUGGUUGUUAUCCGGGGACCAUUUGAUUAGAUUUUGGGAUCGAUCGGGUCAAAGGUCAAGGUCAUGAAAGGUCAAAAUCUUCUUUUUACCA